AGUGUCCGGGCAGAAGUUAUAGUCCGCGGCUCUGCGCUGCCCCGUUCCGCCGACUCCACACGUCUCUGCUCCCGCUGCAGCACCAAAUUCUCACCGCGGUUCAGUCACGUUAGGUCCGGUCCGGUCCGGUCCACUUCCGUCCCCGAUCCACGCGACCAGGUCGAGCUUUCUUUUUCUGUCAGGGCUUUUGGUUUGAUCCUCGUCUCGGGCCCUUGGAUAAAACCAGGACUCCACCUGCACCAGGAAGAGGACCUCAGCCAGGUAAAGACUCAGGAUGACACCAAACCACCCAGAAUUCGAGCGGGCUGGAAAGAAUCCAGGCCUGCAGGUGUGGAGGGUGGAGAACUUUGACCUGGUGCCUGUUCCAGAGAAUCUGCACGGCAGCUUUUACACCGGUGACGCCUACCUCGUCCUCAACACCAUCAAACAACGCUCUGGGGCCCUGCAGUACGACCUCCACUUCUGGCUGGGCGAUGCGUGCACCCAGGAUGAGAGCGGCUCUGCUGCCAUCUUCACUGUACAAAUGGACGACUACCUUGGAGGGAAACCCAUCCAGUACCGGGAGGUCCAGGGAUACGAGUCCAGAACCUAUCUGGGCUACUUCAAGUCUGGAAUCAAAUACAUGAAAGGGGGCGUGGCCUCUGGGUUCAAGCACGUUGUCACCAACGAGGUGGUCGUUCAGCGCCUGCUCCAGGUGAAAGGUCGCCGUGUUGUCCGGGCAACAGAGGUGGCAGUCAACUGGGAAAGCUUCAACCAGGGAGACUGUUUCAUCCUGGACUUGGGUGACGAGAUUUACCAGUGGUGUGGAUCCCAGAGCAACCGCUUUGAGAAGCUGAAGGCCACACAGGUCGCCAAGGGCAUCCGUGACAACGAGCGCAGCGGGAGGGCGCGAGUUUAUGUCUGUGACGAGGGGAUGGAGAGAGAGAAGAUGCUGGAGGUCCUGGGGCCCAAACCAGAUCUGCCUCCUGGAGUCUCUGAUGACGUCCAGGCUGAUGUUUCCAACAGGAAGAGAGCCAAGCUCUACAAAGUGUCCAAUGCCAGUGGAGGGAUGACCAUCACGCUGGUGGCAGCAGAGAACCCAUUCGCUCAGAGCGCCCUGGAGUCGGGCGACUGCUUCAUUCUGGACCAUGGCUCAGAUGGAAAAGUCUUUGUGUGGAAAGGCAAAGACGCCAACGUGGACGAACGCAAGGCCUCCAUUAAGGCAGCAGACGAGUUCAUCAGGAAGAUGGGGUACCCCAAACAGACCCAGAUCCAGGUCCUGCCAGAGAUGGGUGAAACGCCUCUCUUCAAGCAGUUCUUCAAAAACUGGAGGGACAAAGACCAGACAGAGGGCCUGGGCGUGGCCUACGUCGCUAACAGCAUAGCGAAGAUCGAGAAGGUGCCGUUCGAUGCCGCCACUCUGCACGAGUCCUCGGCCAUGGCCGCCCAGCACGGCAUGGUGGACGACGGCAGCGGAGACAAACAGAUCUGGCGCAUUGAGGGAUCCGACAAGGUGCCGGUGGAUCCGUCCACAUACGGACAGUUCUACGGAGGAGACAGCUACAUCAUCCUGUACAACUAUCGUCACGGAGGACGUCAAGGGCACAUCAUUUACAUGUGGCAGGGGGCAGACUCCAGUCAGGACGAGAUCGGGGCCUCGGCCAUCCUCGGUGCUCAGCUGGAUGAGGAACUCGGUGGAGGUCCCAUUCAGGUUAUUGGUGCUCCUAUAACCACGCAGGUGAGGGUGGUGCAGGGCAAAGAGCCCAGCCACCUGAUGAGUCUGUUUGGAGGACAGCCCAUGGUGGUGUACAGAGGGGGCACGUCCAGAGAGGGAGGUCAGUCCGCUCCUGCCGACACCCGGCUCUUCCAGGUGCGCUCCAGCUCUGCAGGACACACGAGAGCUGUGGAGCUUGAUGCCACGGCUGCUAACCUGAACUCCAAUGAUGCAUUUGUUCUGGUCACGCCUGGAGAGUCCUUCCUCUGGGUGGGAGUGGGAGCAAGUGACACAGAGAAGCAGGGAGCCCAGCAGCUGUGUGGCAUCCUGGGAGUGCAGACCUCUGAUCAGUCUGAGGGUGGAGAGACCGAUCAGUUCUGGGAGGCUCUGGGGGGAAAGGCAGAAUAUCGCACCUCUUCCAGGCUCAAGGACAAGAUGGACACACAUCCACCCAGACUCUUUGCCUGCUCCAAUAAGACUGGAAACUUUAUCAUUGAGGAGGUACCUGGAGAGAUGACCCAAGACGAUCUUGCUACUGAUGAUGUCAUGAUCCUGGACACCUGGGAGCAGGUGUUUGUCUGGAUUGGAAACGAUGCCCAAGAAGAAGAGAAGACCGAAGCCAUGUCUUCUGCGGUCCGCUACAUCGAGACCGACCCAGCCAACAGAGACCCGCGGACGCCCAUCGUGAAGAUCAAGCAGGGCUUCGAGCCGCCCACCUUCACCGGCUGGUUCCUUGGCUGGGACAGUGACUAUUGGACCACCGACCCCCUGGAGCGCAUCAUGGCGGAGCUGUCCCUGUGAGCUGGUCCUGCUGCUGCACUGCGAACACUCAGCUUCAGUCAGACUUCGUUAGCUGGCAGUACGUCCUGAAAAUGCACCCACUUUGCUUUUACGACAUGAUUUCUGCAGUCUGUUCAAAGGUAAUUCCAAACGUUGACAAUAAAAACCUUUAACCUUAAACUAUAGUGCCACAAAAAUGACUAAUUAAAAAGCAAUAGAACUCCUGCCUUUAAAUAAUCUUAGUUUACAGUGAAGUAGCUUUUUAUAAAGGUACUAAACUAGUUUGAAGCUGCCUUUUUAUACACGAGUUGUUCGAAUCUUUCAGUUGUGACACUGCUUUGCUACUUGAUAAACUAGCUGCACCUUGUGUGACGCUUGGACGUCUCUAAGCUUUAUUUCAAUAAAACAAGAUGACCUGUG